AUGUCGUUAAAUCUUCUGGCCCGGUUACCGCGGCCAGCACGCAGCCAGCGGGCUCUCCUCCCUUCCGUCAACCGAUGGGCCAGUUCCAUCUCCCAGCGGCCAGGAUCGGAUAGGGUCCGCUUCCCUGGUGCUGUCAACAGCAAAUUCACCACGCAGAUGUCCUUUAUUAACCCUUCCGAGACGUCGAGUAUCCCUACCUUCCGAGUAAUGGACUCUGACGGAGUACUGCUGGAGAAAGACCGGAAAACACUCAAUGUCUCAAACGAGGAGAUAUUAUCCUGGUACAAGAACAUGCUCACUGUAAGCGUGAUGGACGUGAUCAUGUUCGAGGCCCAGAGACAAGGGCGUCUCAGCUUCUAUAUGGUUUCCGCAGGAGAAGAGGGCAUCAGCGUAGGCUCCGCAGCCGCCCUGACCCCCGACGACGUCGUCUUCGCCCAGUACCGCGAAACAGGAGUCUUCCAACAACGCGGCUUCACCCUCAAAGACUUCAUGAGUCAACUCUUCGCUAACCGCAACGACAACGGCAGAGGACGUAACAUGCCGGUUCACUACGGGUCCAACUACCCCCGCACACACACCAUCUCCUCCCCGCUCGCAACCCAAAUCCCCCAAGCCUCCGGCGCCGCCUACGCACUGAAGCUCCAAGCCCUCCAAAACCCCGACACCCCGCCCCGCAUCGUGGCCUGCUACUUCGGCGAGGGCGCCGCAAGCGAAGGUGACUUCCAUGCAGGCCUGAACAUCGCCGCCACGCGAUCCUGCCCCGUAGUCUUCAUCUGCCGCAACAACGGCUACGCCAUCUCGACCCCGACACUGGAGCAGUACCGCGGCGACGGCAUUGCCAGUCGCGGCGUGGGCUACGGCAUCGACACGAUCCGCGUCGACGGCAACGACAUCUUCGCCGUGUACGAGGCGAUGCGGGAAGCGCGCCGCCUUGCGCUCACGGACGGCGGCCGUCCGGUCCUCAUAGAGGCGAUGAGCUACCGUGUCUCGCACCACAGUACGAGCGACGAUAGUUUCGCGUACCGAGCGCGGGUGGAGGUCGAGGACUGGAAACGCCGGGACAAUCCGAUCAUCCGACUGCGGAAAUGGUUGGAGAAUGAAGGGCUGUGGAAUGAGGAUAUGGAACAGGAGACGCGCGAUAAGCUGCGCAAGGCUGUCCUGAAAGAAUUUGGGGAUGCGGAGCGUGAGAAGAAGCCCCCCAUUCGGGCGGCAUUCGAGGAUGUGUAUGAUGAGUUGACGGAGGAAGCGCAGGAGCAGAUGAAGGAGCUCAAGCGCAUUCUCGAGACGUAUCCCGAGGAGUACGAUCUCCGUCAGUACGAAGAUGGCAUUAAAGGAUUGUAG